UUUAGUUGAAUUUCGAGACUUUACCUCGCCUCUCCAACUAUCUUGUCACCUGAUACUGAAGACAUGGAUGUCAAAACGUUAUUGGAUAACCUUCGAGAAGAAGUGUCCUGCCCAGUAUGUACUAGCAUAUACACGGAGCCAAAACACCUCCCAUGUCUUCACAGUUUCUGUCUGCAAUGCUUGAAACAGUGGCACAGAACAAGCCAUGGCCACGAGACGAUAAGGUGUCCGAAUUGUCAAGCCGUUAGCAGAGUGCCUGAUAGUGGCGACCUGAAAGAUCUACCCACAAGGUUUUACCUAAACGGCUUGAUCGAUGUGCUGGCCAUAAAAGAGUGCCAAACCAGCCAGGUGCGAUGUGAAAAUUGCGAGAAGAGAAGCUGUGAAAGUUCAUAUUGUUUCCAGUGUUGCGUAUUUUGGUGUGAGGAAUGUGUUAUUGGACAUAAUAUCAUGAAGAGCAAUAAAGAUCAUCGUGUUAUGGCGCUUAAAGAAUUUCAGAACAAAGACUUCGAGGACGUUUUGAAACGCCCCUUGUACUGCUCGAAGCCUCGACACGAGAAAGAAGAACUGAAAUAUUUUUGCACUAAAUGCGAAUCACCUGUUUGUCAAAUUUGUGCCACGAUGAGUCAUAGCGGUCACACUCUAGAGCACAUCGAAGAAAAAGCUGAAAGACAAAAGAUUGAAACUAAAUCAUUUCUUGACGCACAAAGACGCAAUUUGCAAAAAAAGAUGAACUCUCUCGGUCAACUUGAUGAAUAUUACGCUCAACUGGUGAGACAACGCGAUGAUAUGAAGGAAAGUGUUCAAGGGCUUGUGAACAAGUUGAUCGCAACUAUUGAAGCGAAGAAACAAAACAUUUUUGCAGCGGUGGAGAACGAAACGAAGAAUACACUCGAUCAUCUUACGAUGCAAAAGGCGGAGAUAGAGCGUCAAAUAAAGAUCCUCGAAUCGUCACUGGAAAAAGCUGAGAAACUUUUAAUACAAAGUACAAACGUCGAAAUCGUUCAACUGAAGAAGCCAAUAGAGACAAUAUUUCAGGCGGUUAUUCAAAGCCAGCCAGUGGACGUUGACCCGGAAAGAGUACCCAACCUAAUCUUUGCAGAGAAUCCAAAGUUCUUGUCCACUGUAAACACUGAAGAAAUCGGAACUUUGAGAAUGACACUUCAAGCAAAAGCAUUUCACUCUGUUGCUGAAGGAAAAGGACUUGGAAAAGCAAUUGUCAACCGUGAAGCACAUUUUACUUUGACUACAAGGAACGUUGAGGGAGGACAGUGUUACAAUGAACAUGACCACGUAACGGUGGAAAUCUUGGAUGGAGAAGGUCGACAGUGCGCUACAGAAGUACGAAUGAAUGACAAUAAGAAUGGCGUCUAUCAGAUCAGUUAUUCACCCAAUUGCCAAGGCGAAUGCAAAGUAGUAGUAAAGGUAAACGGUGAACAUGUGUGUGGCAGUCCUUUUGCCGUGCUGGUAAAACUAUUUCAAUACAAAACUAUUUUAUCUUUUGGGAACAAAGGCUCGUCCCAAGGAAUGUUAAAGUUUCCCUGGGGGAUCGCAGUUAAUGCCCAGAACGAGAUAGCUGUAACUGAUUGUGAAAAUAAUAGAGUUCAAAUCUUCGACAGUGAGGGUUAUUAUUUAAGAUCCUUUGGUAAGAAAGGUAGUAAAGCGGGAGAAUUUUAUUGCCCAAUGGGAAUAGUUUUUGAUAAUAACGGUAACAUUUUGGUAUCAGACAACAACAACCAUAGGGUUCAGAUUUUUAAUGGGGAGGGAGAGCUCUUGGGAAGUAUCCCAGGGAAAGGGAGCUCCGUCGAUCGUCAGUUCCUUAUUCCGUGUGGUUUAUCUGGAGACAGUGAUGGGAAUAUCAUUGUCACUGAUUCAGGUAACAAACUGAUUAUGAUUUUUUCGCCAGUUGGCAAGUUUCUAAUGAGGUUAGGGGGGAAGGGCUCUUUUAUUCACCCUGUUCACUGCGUUCAAAGUGGUAGAUAUCUCCUAGUAUCAGACCCUGGUGAACAUUGUAUCAAAGUGUUUGACAAGAAUGGAAACUUUCAGUACAAGUUUGGAAGGAAGGGUACUGGAGACGGGGAGUUUAAUGGGCCAGGAUGUUUGUCAGUGAACAGAUUAGGACACGUAAUAGUUUGUGAUACAAAUAAUAACAGAAUACAAUUCUUUGAAUUGGAUGGAACUUUUGUGGGCAAAUUUGGAACAAAAGGUAGCAGUUUAGGAGAAAUCCGUUCACCCAAUGCAAUAGCUGUUCUUAAUAGUGGGCGAAUUGUGGUUGUCGAUCAAGGUAACCACCGUUUACAGAUUUUUGAGUAAACUAGAAGAGACAUUUUCAACUGAAUGUCGGGGUUGCUUUGUUCUUGCUCAGAAAAGUCGCAGCAGGAUCUCAACCAAUCAGAUGCAAAACUAAAACCAAUCCAAACUUGGUCGACGCGUUUACCCUUCGAGUGCCUGUUUUUACCGAUAUCUUCCCGCGCU